AUGUCCAGCUCCGCUCCCGGUUCUCAGGUGCGUCCUCCACGAGGGCAGCGGCUGCGGAAGGUGCGAGUGACGGGGACGCGCACGCCCGGGGAGCGCGGGGAAGCGGGACGCUCGCACGGCGGGGCGGGAAGCCGUGUGACCGCGGACAAUGGACUGGGCCUCUAUGAAGUAGAAAUGGCAGGAGUGCCAUGGUCAUCAGGGCAGUCAGCUCUGGCUGCCUCUACAAACACCCCCAUCUCCAUGUCUGGACACGCACACGUCGGCCGGCUGCCCCCGCCCCCUCUGCGUCCCGCUCCCGCCCCUGGCUUUGCCUCCCGUUGCUGCCGCCGCCGCCGCCGCCGCCGCCUUUGCUGCCGCUGCCGCUUCCCGCGGCCUGGGCCUCCCGCCGACAGAAUGCCACACGCCUUCAAGCCCGGGGACUUGGUGUUCGCUAAGACGAAGGGCUACCCACACUGGCCGGCCCGGAGCUUUACUGGGACCCAAGACCUGUUCCUCUACAACAAAUGUAAAGAUAAGUACAGGAAACCCAACAAGAGGAAAGGCUUCAAUGAGGGACUGUGGGAGAUCCAGAACAACCCCCACGCCAGCUACAGCGCUCCUCCGAUCCUGCAGGACCUUCUGGAGCUGCAAUGGAACCACAGGAGUCACACGGGGAAGUGGGCCCUGGGAGCAGGGGCUGUCCGGGUCUGGCUCACCAAGUGGUAAAUGUCCUCCAACUUAGCAGUCAAAUGAAGGGGAAACCUAAGGGAAAGAAACAGAGGCUGAAAGACACACAACUUCAGGACCCCUCAUCUGAGUGAGCGCCUCCCUCAACCCCAGGGCUUCGGGGACACAAUU